AUGUCGUUGUCAAUUUCUCUAGACAUCAGCUCGUUGCUUAAAACUACAGCCUUACGAAAAAGAAAGGACAUUCUAAACUCGCUUCAUGACUUUGCCAUAACGCCACGUGGAAAACUAGAGUUUGAUAUGCUUCGAGAAAGCAAUAAAGAGUUCCGUUUAUGCACAAUUGCAUUGAUGCCCAAGGCAGUCGUCAACCAAUUGAGCAUGGCUGAUGUAUCAUUCUCCAUCCCUGCUCAUGAUCUAGACGAAUCCCAUCGUAAGCAACUAAAUCACUUAAUUCUGAAUCGUACAACCUUUAAGGAUUUCAUAAAGCGGAAUAGCAGUGAAGCCUUUCGCAAGUGGUUGUUUGUUAAUGCGUCAGGUGAUGGUGGUAGGGACGAGUUAUUGAGACAAAAUGAUGACAGCGGUGGUGCCCACUUUGUAACCCUAGUAAAAACAGAUGAGCAGCCGGAUCAAAGUACGCCUGACACCUCUGAAACUGAAUCUGAUGAAGACUUCUUUUCAUUUGGUUCUUAUGGAGAUGCAGAUGAAAGCGAUAAUCAAGGCAUUGUCGCUCUCGUGACACCAACUGAGGAGGGCAAUGGCACCUUCGAUUUUGAAACAGUCGCAGUGAGCAAGCCAUCAACGUCGUAUCAGCCGACAAGAGAGGAUCUUUUGCGAAGAGAUAGAAAGGCGAGACCUUCAGCCAGCAACAAGGGAGGAACGUGA